CUUAAUCGCAGGUCCAGCGACCCAGGAGCAGGAGCGGCGGCGGCGGCGGCGGCGGCGGCUCUGUAUCCGAGCUCCGAUCAGAGAGAGAGAGAGGGGUUUCGACUGUGCAGAGUUCUUGAGCGGCGGCUGUUUAGGGUUUGCUAUAGGGUUUCGAGCUAAUGGGGGAGGAGAGGCCAAGGAGCGUGCCUGCUUUGCCAUGGAUGAGGAGCCCGGUCGAUGUCAGUCUUUUCAAAGAAUGCUCGCUCGACCUCGUCCCUUGUCUUGAUCCCAGGUUGAAGGGGGCAUUGCAGAACAUGGGCAUUUCUUCACUAUUCCCUGUCCAAGUUGGUUUCUGGCAAGAGACAAUAGGGCCUGGUGCUUUUGAGCGAGAUCUUUGUGUCAAUUCACCGACAGGAAGUGGGAAAACUUUGGCAUAUGCUUUGCCAAUCGUGCAGGUUUUAUCCACUCGUGCUGUAAAAUGUCUACGUGCAUUGGUGGUUUUACCUACUCGAGACUUAGCAUUGCAGGUUAAAGAAGUUUUUGAUGCAAUUGCACCUCCUGUUGGUUUAUCUGUUGGUUUGGCAGUUGGUCAGUCUUCGAUUGCUGAUGAAAUAGCUGACCUUAUAAAGAGACCGAAGCUUCAGGCAGGCAUCUGCUAUGACCCUGAAGGUCCUCCACCUGAGCGACAAAGUGCUGUGGAUAUACUGGUGGCAACCCCAGGAAGGCUCGUGGAUCAUAUUAAUUCCACUCAUGGAUUUACUCUGGAGCAUCUCUGCUAUCUGGUUGUUGACGAAACUGAUAGAUUGCUCAGAGAAUCCUAUCAAUCAUGGCUGCCUACAGUGCUUCAAAUGACUAAUUCGAACAAUGAAGGGCUCUCGAAUUCAAAUUCUGAUCUUUGUCCUGUGUUUGGUUCCUUGAGAACCAUGAGGAGAUGUGGAAUUGAGCGUGGUUUCAAGGGUAAGUCUUAUCCUAGGUUGGUGAAGAUGGUUCUGUCAGCUACGCUGACCCAGGAUCCAAGCAAGCUGUCUCAACUGGAUUUGCAUCACCCUUUGUUCUUGUCGGCCGGUCAAAGGCGUUACCGUUUUCCGGAAAAGUUGGAAUCAUAUAAACUGAUAUGUCAAUCAAAGCUCAAACCCAUCUACUUGGUUGCCCUUCUGCAAAAUUUAGGAGGAGAGAAAUGCAUUGUGUUCACUUCAUCUGUGGAGUCAACUCAUCGUUUAUGCACUUUACUAAAUUUUUUUACUGACUUGCCACUCAAGAUCAAAGAGUAUUCCGGUCUUCAACGUCAGUCUGUGAGAAGUAAAACCCUGAAAGCAUUCCGAGAUGGAGAUGUACAGGUUCUUGUUUCCUCUGAUGCAAUGACACGUGGAAUGGAUGUUGAAGGGGUGAGGAAUGUCAUCAAUUACGAAAUGCCUCCGUAUAUAAAGACAUACAUACAUCGGGCAGGCCGUACGGCCAGAGCUGGCCAGACUGGUCGAUGCUUCACUUUGUUGCGUAAAGAUGAGGUCAAGCGUUUCAAGAAGAUGUUACAGAAAGCUGACAACAACUCUUGCCCUGUUUACUCACUUCCUGCCAGCUCAGUCGAAUCAUUUCGCAGUUUAUACACAUCAGCACUCGAGAAAUUAAAACAGGCAGUUGAAUCGGAAACGUCCAGAAAGCGCAAGCUUGGAUCAAAGGCUCCAUAAGCAAAGAAAAA